GGUGAAGGCUAAAAAGUGAUUUCCCGGCUAAAUAUUAAAAAAGUAAAAUAAAUAAACAUGUCUGAUGAAGUCAUAGCAAAGCACAGACUCCACAGUGGGAUAUUUCAUCCCCUCCUACGUCAGUGGCAGACGAGAAAUGUGGAAAUUACUCCCGAUAACAUCAUGUACCCAAUAUUUAUUCUGGAUGAACCAGAUGCUAAGGAUGAGAUAUCCAGUAUGCCAGGAAUAUUUAGAUAUGGGAUCAAUCAAUUGAAAUUAGCCCUGGAACCGCUGGUAGCCAAAGGAUUAAAGUCUGUAUUGCUCUUUGGAGUAAUUAAUAAUGAAUUAAAGGAUCCUCGGGGAAGUAACGCGGACAGCCCGAGCAAUACAAUAGUCCAGGCAUUGCCCCGGUUGAGAAAGUGGUUUCCUCAUCUGGUGAUUGCUUGCGAUGUCUGCCUAUGUCCUUACACAACCCAUGGACACUGUGGAAUCCUCACCACUGAUGGGUUGAUAGAUAAUAAAUCUAGUAUUGCAAGAAUUGCCGAGAUUUCCGUGGCAUACAGCCGAGCUGGUGCACAUAUCAUCGCUCCAUCAGAUAUGAUGGACGGUCGCAUCGGUGCGAUAAAAAAGGCUCUAUCGAAAGAAGGAUUCGAUAACAAAGUAGCAGUGCUGUCCUACUCUGUAAAAUUUGCUUCAGGGUUUUACGGACCUUUUCGAGAUGCAUCCAAGUCAGCACCUAAAUUCGGCGAUAGACAGAGUUAUCAGUUACCCCCUGGCAGCGUGGGAUUGGCUGCCAGAGCUGCUGAGAGGGACGUAGCUGAGGGUGCUGACAUGAUAAUGGUGAAACCAGGCCUAGCAUAUCUAGACGUCGUCAGGGGGACGAAGGAGGCCCAUCCUCAUCACCCAAUUUUCAUUUAUCAAGUGUCUGGGGAAUACGCGAUGUUGUACCACGCCGCCAAGAACGGCGCCAUCAACCUCAAGAGUGUCUUACACGAGAUUCUCCUGUCCAUGAGGAGAGCUGGGGCUGACUGCAUCAUCACGGCUACAGCUAAAGACGAGAAGAAGGACAAAGGAGAUAUUGGAACUGUCAUCGGUAUUGAUUUGGGAACAACAUACUCAUGCGUCGGCGUCUACAAGAAUGGCCGAGUGGAGAUAAUCGCCAACGAUCAAGGAAACCGUAUAACCCCAUCGUACGUCGCCUUCACAGCAGACGGUGAGCGUCUGAUUGGUGACGCCGCUAAGAAUCAGUUGACAACAAAUCCUGAGAACACAGUGUUCGAUGCAAAACGUUUGAUCGGUCGUGAAUGGUCCGACCCAACAGUCCAGCACGAUGCCAAGUUCUUCCCCUUCAAGGUCAUCGAGAAGAACUCAAAGCCCCACAUAAAGGUGUCGACGAAAGAGGGAGACAAGGUCUUCGCCCCCGAGGAAAUCUCAGCGAUGGUUUUGGGCAAGAUGAAGGAGACAGCUGAAGCCUACCUAGGAAAGAAGGUGACUCACGCAGUUGUGACAGUGCCAGCGUACUUCAACGACGCCCAGCGUCAGGCUACCAAGGAUGCAGGAACAAUUUCUGGUCUGACUGUCAUGAGAAUCAUCAACGAGCCAACAGCAGCAGCAAUUGCCUACGGUCUUGACAAGAAAGACGGUGAGAAGAAUGUUCUGGUGUUCGAUCUUGGUGGUGGUACCUUCGACGUGAGUCUCCUGACGAUUGACAACGGUGUCUUCGAGGUGGUGGCGACCAAUGGUGACACCCAUCUGGGAGGUGAGGACUUUGAUCAGCGUGUGAUGGAUCACUUUAUCAAGUUGUACAAGAAGAAGAAGGGUAAGGACAUCAGGAAGGACAACAGAGCUGUCCAGAAGCUUCGUCGUGAGGUGGAGAAGGCCAAGCGUGCACUCAGUGGUAGUCACCAAGUGAGAAUUGAAAUUGAAUCGUUCUUCGAUGGUGAGGACUUCUCAGAGACACUGACAAGAGCUAAAUUCGAGGAGUUGAACAUGGAUCUGUUCCGUAGUACGAUGAAGCCAGUGCACAAGGUUCUGGAGGAUGCUGAUAUGAAUAAGAAGGACGUUCAUGAGAUUGUCCUGGUGGGUGGAUCAACGAGAAUUCCCAGGGUUCAGCAGUUGGUUAAGGAGCACUUCGAUGGUAAGGAGCCAUCACGAGGAAUCAAUCCUGAUGAGGCUGUGGCUUAUGGAGCUGCUGUCCAAGCUGGUGUACUGUCUGGUGAACAAGACACCGAUGCCAUUGUUCUGCUCGAUGUAAAUCCCCUGACCAUGGGUAUUGAGACAGUUGGCGGUGUUAUGACUAAGCUCAUUCCAAGGAACACUGUCAUUCCCACGAAGAAAUCACAGAUAUUCUCAACAGCUUCUGAUAACCAACACACUGUCACCAUUCAGGUGUACGAGGGUGAAAGACCGAUGACCAAGGACAAUCAUCUUCUUGGAAAGUUCGAUCUGACUGGUAUACCACCAGCGCCCAGAGGCAUUCCCCAGAUUGAGGUGACUUUUGAAAUCGAUGCCAAUGGUAUUCUCCAGGUGUCUGCUGAGGACAAGGGCACUGGCAACAGGGAGAAAAUCGUUAUCACUAAUGAUCAGAACAGAUUGACACCUGAUGACAUCGAUAGGAUGAUCAAGGAUGCUGAGAAGUUUGCUGAUGAGGACAAGAAACUCAAGGAGCGAGUCGAGGCUAGAAAUGAACUCGAGUCUUAUGCUUAUUCGCUGAAGAAUCAACUGGCUGAUAAGGAGAAACUUGGGGCCAAGCUCAGUGAUGAGGACAAGACCAAGAUGGAGGAGGCCAUUGAUGAGAAGAUCAAGUGGCUCGAGGACAAUCAGGACACUGAUCCCGAGGAGUACAAGAAACAGAAGAAGGAGCUGACGGAUAUCGUUCAGCCAAUUAUUUCUAAGCUCUACCAGGGAGCUGGUGGAGCACCACCACCAGCUGGCAGUGAGGAGGACGAUCUUAAGGACGAGCUAUAAAUGACAGAUUUCGAUUAUUGAAUUUGUCUAGUGUAUCUCAGACUGAACUUUUGUUAAUGCAAUUAUUAUAGCUUCCUGGAGGGUGGGUCGCCCCCCUCAAUCGUUGGGGUGCUCCUGCAGUCCUGAUUCGGGUGGCUACCCAUCGAUAGGAUACGUUUCCUUCUAGUCGUCCUGGCGAAGGUGGGACUCAGGGCGUCCGAGGGAAGGGUGUAGGAAACUAUCCGAGGGACUGGGGGAAUUUUCAGGGGAUUGAACUGCUGAACAUUCCUCGGGACUUUCCGGUUUAUUUAUUAAUGCAAUUAACUGUUUUAUAUAUAAUUUCAUGAUGAUAAAUCGUUCUUGAAUGACGUGGGUUUUUUUGUGAGUGAGGAAGAAAAAUUUCAUGUGUGAGGGAGAGAUGCCUGUUAGGAAUACAUUGAUUCAUUUGUAUACAUGAGAGUAAAUGACAUUCGUGUGGUGUGAUAUCAUGUAACAGUAUCACGUUAAUAAAGAAUUUUUUCAAUAAAA